CACAGCUGUAUACUCGGUGGGAACACUGACACUAUCCAGAGUUACUUAGUAGUAUUGUGAGGAGUGGGAACAGCUGAUGCAGAACUUUUGAUCUCCUCUGUAGGUCGCCUCUCGGGCAGCCAUGGUCGACCGAUACAGCUCGAUGCGUCCUUCAGCAACUAGAGCGGCAUGGGGAAGAUCCAAAGAUGCUAGAUAUCGCUUGCGAUGGCCAUAUUAUCUCUCGGUUGCGAUCUUGCUCUUCCUAGCUAUUCUAGCAGGAAGUCAGGUCGCUCCACAGGACUCUCUGUUCUCGCUCCACGUACACGCACCGACCUGGCACACUCAUCGCGUUCUUACUGUCCGAUCACAAGACGAAGAAGAGGCGCCAAACCCGAAUGACCAGAAGCCACCACAGCCGCCGCGAUUGUUCAACGUCACUGUCGACAGUAUAGCCAAAUUGGCAGACCGUAUUGCUGCAGAAGAGACGUCGAUUUUUAAGGAAUCCAUCAAGAAUUUCAAGCCAGAAAAUGCAACAUUUGAAAAUAUGUUGCUGCCCUAUCUACAACAUGAGAGCCAGCAGGAUGCAGAUGUUGCUCCUCUCUACAUGUUGCCUAGCGUCGGCGUCGACGACACGCUCGCGAAAGCGUGUCGAAAUGCGUCUGUCAAGAUGGACGAUUCCUUUAGCGACACCUACACAUCGCCAGAGUUUUACGCAUUGAUCGACGCGGUUUACAAGAAGCAGAAAGAUGACAAGAACCUUGAUGACGAGUCUCGCGCCGCGAUCAAGGACAUUUGGCAGCAGUUUCAGGGCGCUGGCUUCAAGCUAUCGAAAGGACCGCAGCGGACAAGACUAAAUGAUAUCCAAGGUCGGCUUUCGGCACUUUCCUCAGCUUUUGACCUCGCAGUCAGUGGAGAUCCAACGACUUUGUAUUUCAAGCGCGAAGAGCUGGAAGGGGUAGAGGGUGAUUUUCUGAAUGGUCUGGAAAAAGGCAAAGGAGAGAACGAUGGCAAGCUGGUGGUGCCUGUGGCGAUCUUCACAAAUUACGACACUAUCACGAGACAUUGCAAGAAUGCCACAACGAGGCAUACUCUUGAGACUGCGUACAAUAACAUGGCCGCGAGCAAUAUUGCAAGAUUGGAAGAAGCCAUCGCUAUCCGCGACGAAGAGGCUCGGCUGCUUGGCUAUCCGACUUUUGCUGCAAUGCAUAUUGAGAAAACCAUGGCACAUACUCCAAAGGCUGUUGAUGAUCUCUUGGCCAAUGUUCGACAAAAGCUUGCUGUGGCCAACGAGGAGGAACUCGAGGAGAUGAAGAAGCUCAAGCUCAAGGAAGAAGGCAAUGCGGACAAGUUCUUCUUGUGGGAUGAGUUUUACUACCUUACGAAGCUUGACCAAGACAUCUAUAAAGUCGACAAUGACUUCAUCAAGGAGUACUUCGAAUCGACAACCAUUGUGCAGAAGGUUCUCGACAUGUAUGCAGAUAUCUACUCGCUACGCUACGUCAAGAUUGCAGGUUCAGAUGCAGACAAGAAAUCGCCAAGCGGAAAAGGCAGCGACUUGACCUGGCAUCCAGACGUGCAGCUCUUCGAAGUUUGGAACAAUGAAAAGGAUGGAGCAGAUGCUAAGGGUUUCAUGGGAUACAUCUAUGUAGACCUGUUCUACCGAAAAGGCAAGUCGUCCGGCUCAUUCGAAGUGCCCAUCGACCCCGGUUUCCAAAAAAAGGAUGGAUCGAGAUACUAUCCAACCUCAGCAGCGGUCCUGAACAUCAAAAAAUCUACUUCUGAGAAGCCAACUCUACUCCUUCGAAAAGAGGUCCAGACUUUACUGCACGAGCUCGGACAUGUUACGCAUCACACGGUAUCGAGGACCAAAUAUGCCCGUUUUCACGGUCCUGGCCCGUGCCCACGCGACUUUGUCGAGCUUCCAUCACAACUCAUGGAACUAUGGUCAUACGACCGCAAAGUGCUCAAACGUCUGAGCCAGCACUAUUCCUACCUCUCUCCAAAGAACCUCGACAUCUGGAAGAAAUCGCAAAACGACACCAACGCCAAACAACCGCCGGAAACCCUGUCAGAUGACCAAAUCGACAACAUCAUCAAGAACAAGAACGCCGCGAGCGGAAAUUUCGAGACCAGACAAACCAUGUACAGCAUGUACGACAUGGCCAUCCACGAACAACCGUCGCAGCAGGCCGCCAAGACCGUCGACUCAACCCUCUUGUGGAACCAAAUGCGCACGAACAUCACGAAAAUCCUAGGCGAAGAGGCUGUGGGCAAAGGUUGGCACGCGGGUCACCAUCAAUCGACAUUCACGCAUUACAUGGAAGGCUACGAAGCCGGUUACUACGGGUAUACGUGGAGUCGUGUCGAUGCUGCGGAUGUUUAUUACACGGCUUUCAAGGACGAUCCUUUCAGUGCGGAGGCUGGAGGGAGGUGGAGACAUACUGUGUUGGAACCCGGGGGGUCGAAGGAUUACGGGACCAUUUUGGAGAAGUUUUUGGGCCGGAAGCCGACUGAUGAUAAUUUUUAUAAGAGUUUGGGGCUUGAUGAGAAGACGGGAGUGAAGAAGAGGGAUUUGAGUGAUACUUAUUAGGAGGAGGGAGGAUGGGAGGGGAAGGUUGAUGGGGGCUGGAAAUGGAGGACGGGAGGUAGAGGUUGAUGGGCGUGGAAGUGGAGGAUAUGCGGACACUCACUACGGUAGAGCAGGGAUAGCGGCAUUCUGAGGUCGAAUCAUCAAAUAUAAUCUGGCCUGGGUCGUCUCG